AUGAAGGGGAACAAAAUUAUGGAGUUCAUGGAGCAUAAACUUCCUAACUGGGAGUUUUAUUCUAGUUUGGUUACUGAAGGUAGACUUUUGAUAGUUUGGAGGAAGGUUUUUGUGAGGGUUACAGUGCUAGAGGAGUCUAAUCAGUAUGUUCAUUGUUUGGUCAAGAUGGCUAGUCAGAGGCAAGCUUUUUGUGUUACAUUUCUCUAUGGGCUCAAUACGAUAGAGGGAAGGAGGAGUUUAUGGAAAGGGUUACAAAGGAUAUCGUUCUAUGUUAAAGCUUGGAUCAUCUUAGGGGAUUUCAAUGCCCCUUUCUCUGAUACUCAUGUUAAGUCUCUUAAGAGUAUUGGUUCCUACUUCACUUGGAAAAAUAACCAAGAAGGUCCAGCUAGAAUCUAUUCUAAAAUUGACCAUGUGUUCAUGAAUGAGGAUUGGCUUGAUAUCUUUCCUCAUUCUACUAUUGUGUUUAGAUGGGAAGUAGUUUCGGAUCAUUGCUCUUGUGUUGUUACUAUCAUGCCUAUGGAGAAGAUGGGUAUCAAACUGUUUAGGUUUUAUAAUUUUUGGAUAGACCAUCAUGAUUUCAAAGAGGUGGAUAUGAAUAGUUGGAGGAUUCCUAUUAAGGCAACUGGUUUAAGGGCUAUCUACUUGAAGACAAUGAGGCUGAAGCAUAGAUUAAAAAAAUUUAACAGAGAUAACAUUGGUGAAAUUGGUCUGAACUAUCACAAGGCUAAGGAGACUUACCAGGAAGCUCAACUUCAAGCACAAUCUCAUCCUCGAGACUAUAGUUUUCAAGAGGUAGUGAAAGUAGAUGCUGAAGCUUUUACUAUUCAGGAGCAUAUGUACCAUAGUUUCUUAGCUCAAAGAAGUAAAAUUACUUGGUUAAGGAAGGGAGAUAUGAAUACAUCUUUUUUCCAUGCUUGUUUGAAAAAGCGCAGAGUUGAAAAUGGUAUUGCAACCUAUAUUACUGAUCAAGGCAGAUUGAUAGAUAACUUUCAUGAUGUAGUCUCUCACUUUGUAGAGCAUUUUAGAAGCUAUUUGGGUAGUCUGAGUUCUGCUACAGGCAGGAUAUUGAUUUACAUUGUAUUGAGAUGGGAUAUUGGGGAUGAAGUUUGUUCAGCAAUUGGUCAGUGUUUUGACACAGGGAAUUUUCCUUCUGAGCUUCAUGAAACUACUUUGUCGUUGGUCCCUAAAGUUGCUAAUCCAUCUCGGGCUAUAGACUACAGACCUAUAGCUUAUUGUUCUACAUUAUACAAGUGUAUUGCCAAGCUUUUAUGUUCGCGUAUGGCUUUAGUUUUUCCUGAUCUCAUUCAGCCGAACCAGGGAGCCUUUAUUAGGGGUCGUUCUAUUGCUCAUAACAUCAUGAUAUUUCAGGAUCUUAUCAAGAACUAUGGGAGGACCUAUACUUCGCCUGGAUGUGCUAUUAAGAUAGAUUAA